CUCUGAAAAAGGGUGGCCUGGGCCAUUCCCCACCCCUUCCUCUCAAAGGCUUUGUUUUCCUCUGAAGAGAAACCUCUGAAGCUCCUCCCAUCCUUCUCUACUUGAAAAGCAAGCCCCUAGUUGUUAGUGUAAGGUCUAAACCUCUAGGAUCCAGUUAUUGCAAGACUGAUCUCUCAUUCUCCCUGGGACCACGUUCAAGCACCAGGUUCCUAUAGGUGACUGAGGUCACCAUGGCUCUGAAGAAGUCCCUCAUCUUUUUCCCUCUACUCGUCCUGAUGCUGCUGCUUCUGGGGUGGGUUCAGCCUUCCCUGGGCAAGGAAUCUCGGUCCAAGAAGUUCCAGAGGCAGCAUGUGGACACCGACAGUUCCCCUAGCAGCAACUCCAACUACUGCGAUGUGAUGAUGAAGCGCAGGAAAAUGACACAGGGACGGUGCAAGCCUGUGAACACCUUUGUUCAUGAGCCCCUGCCAACAAUCCAGGAUAUCUGCCAGGAGCAAACUAUCCCCUGCAAGAAUGAGCAGCCCCACUGCCACAAGAGCCGUGACAUCAUGGACCUCACAGACUGUCGCCUGAAGAGAAGCUCCAGAGAUGGCAACUGUGCUUACCAAACCACCCGGAGACAGGGACACAUCAUUGUGGCCUGUGAGGGGAGCCCAUCCUUGCCUGUCCACUUUGAUGGUUGGGAGAAGGAUGAAAUCUAAAGUCAGAGCAAGAGAUGUCCCUCCACCUCAUCACCUUGGCUUCUCCUCUCCCCUCUGCUUCUUCCCCUCUAUCUUCUUUGCAGGGGAAUAACUCAAGUUAGUGCUCUGAUCAACCCAAAAUGCUUCCCUGGCCUGAUGUUUGCCCUAUAUAGUUUGGGGCUGAGGAGUGGGUUGUGAGGCGGGCUCCAUGUUAACCAUUCAUUGCUUCUUUCAAUAAAGCGCAAUUGCAACUCCA